CAUCAUUGUAAAGGUGAGCUCCAAAAAGCGAUGACGUGAAACGAUGUAGUCUUGCUGUUUCGUCACCAUCUGUUUGCACGGGAACAAAGUGCUUCAACCCAAACAUGACGAAAUAAACAGACGUGUCAACUUUCGCUUGCGCGUACCCGCAAGUCUGUCAAACCGUGGGGACUUAGAAGAGCGCGCUCCGGAGCUGAAAAUUCCCUGGUAACGUUAACCAACCGGACAGAAAUAGCGCAUUAUUUAGCGAUCUGUUUACGCUAGGACAAAGUUUCUGGGGGAAUCACAAAAAAAGACUCCUGCCUAUAUUUACUGUAAGUGACUCGCGCUUCACGGCAAGCUUCAUUUUAAAUAAUUAAGUGCGCAGUAGUUAUAGCGCGAGGAUGAAUGUGGGCACGGCGCACAGUGAAGUGAAUCCGAACACGCGUGUGAUGAACAGCAGGGGCAUAUGGCUCUCCUAUGUACUUGGCAUCGGCCUGCUACACAUCAUAUUGCUCAGCAUACCCUUUGUCAGCGUGCCUGUUGUUUGGACCCUUACCAACCUCAUCCACAACAUGUGCAUGUAUAUCUUCCUCCACACGGUCAAAGGGACGCCAUUUGAGACCCCGGACCAAGGCAAGGCCCGACUGCUGACCCACUGGGAACAGAUGGACUAUGGGGUUCAGUUCACCGCCUCUCGAAAGUUUCUUACCAUCACCCCUAUUAUUCUGUACUUCCUCACCAGUUUCUAUACCAAAUAUGACAGAAUCCACUUCAUCAUCAACACAAUUUCCCUGCUCACCGUGCUUAUCCCUAAACUGCCACAGUUUCACGGGGUCCGUCUUUUUGGCAUUAAUAAGUACUGAUGGGGCCACAGGGCCAGGAGAGCUCCCGAAAGCUGUUUUAUGUCCGGCUGACUGUAUGUCAGCAUGCUUUGAUCUUCGCUCCCAAGAUGAUCUGUGGUGUGCGUGACGUUGACACACAGAUGCCUUUGAUGACUUGUUCCUUGGAUUUACAAGAGGAAAUGUGAGGUUUCUUCGGAUGCUCUGGAGCUGGGCAACUGAUAAAUCUGCUAUGGUAUCACAUGUAAUGAUGCUUUUUGUAUUAUACUUGGUAGAUAUACAAAAUGUUGAAUGCAGAAUGCAGCAGAUUGUACACCGACGGUAUCUGGAGAUGAGUCCACUACUGUGUUGAAAGCAGUGUUGCUUAUCAGCAUUAUGUAAGCCAUUUGGACUCGAGCGCUUGCAGUCGCAUGGCAAAGAUGCUGUAACUGGAAUGAAUCUGGCUGGUCCAAAUUGACUGGGUUACAGUAGGCUGCUAUGGCAGACCAGUUUAUUUUGUUUUCGUAACCCUGUUUUGGGAGCCCGAUUGAGCACUUCCUGUGCAUAGCAGUGGAGUGUUCAAAGGAAAGAAAGGUACAGUGUUUAUAAAGACAAUAGGAGAGGCUAUUUUUAGGUGCAAGUAAUUUGGAUAGCUUUAAUCCCAUAGCUGGACAUCCUGUCCUGCUAAAACUUAUGCCAGCCCCCAUUUGAAAUGCCUUACCUGUAGAUUCGUUUUACUGUAGAUUUAAAACCAGUGUAGAUUUUGUAUACAACUACUAUAUAUUUUAAACAGAAUUAUAUGUACAUACAGUAUGUUGGUUGCAGUGAUACAUCUAGGAUGUUACAUAGCUAAUGUUUAAACCAACCUAAAAAAGGUACAAACGUUUGUCUUGCAUCAUAACAUAUACACACGAUUGUCAAGCAACAAAGAGAAGUUAGUUGGGUGCAUGUGAACAAAAAGUCUUUAAUUAUUAAGGUACUUCAUUUUAGGAAUAGUAGACUGGUUAGUGUUUUCAGAACUGCAGCCUUACAAUAUAAUUGUAAUCUGUAUUGUUAGACUUGUACUCCACACUGUCACUGCUUGUCCCAGUGUGAAUAUGUAAAGCCCGGAGUAUAGUCUGUUUUUUAUGUGUACAUGCACGGUCGUACGCACAGCCUUGCAAAGUAUAGCUUAUUUGAUUCGUACGUAUACGCAGAUGUUCGACGAUGCAUGUCCUACGCAUAAAAAAUGGUCCAUACAUCAGCAUUAAAGCCUGUUUUUUUAUGUGUACGCAAUGUUGGGGAAAGUUACUUAAUGCAUCACAAUAUUAAGUUACUCCCCAAAAAAGUAACUAAUUGCGUUACUUAGUUACUUUUCAUGGAAAGUAAUGCUUACGUUACUUUUAAGUUACUUUUCUGUUACUUUUUCCUACUUUGCAGGUAUUUUGAUGUUUGGCAUCUCCAUUUCUGACUAAAACUGUUCACACAUAGAGUGUGUAAUUCUACGUUAAUAUGUUCAGUUUAAUGCAGUACAUUUUUUUACAUCUUAUUUAUUAAAAGUAAUGCGUUACUUUACUUGUUACUUCAGAAAAGUAAUAUUAUUACGUAAUGCAUUACUUAUGCAAAUGGUCGAACAUUCAGCCUUGCAAAGUAUAGUUUAUUUGACUCGUACGUGUACAUUUACGUUUGACGCAUGCACAUUGCCACAAAAUGCACUUCAUCUUCUGGGCUACAAUACUGCAUUCUUCUGUAGGCGCAUAUGCGACAUACGUGUACAAUGUACGCACGGUUCGAAAAAUUCAGUGAUUCGCGUACAGUACAUUCACACUGAGUGCGUUUACAUGCACAGUCUUACGCCGAUUAUGCUUAAUAAACUGAUAACACGUGGGGUCAUGUAAACGCGUAAAGCAGUUUUCUUUUAUCGGGGAAAGCCCGAUUAAACAGCGUUAGCAAAAACCGAUCGGCACAGGUAGUUUUUUGCUCAUUACGCCGAUUUCGCGUGGCAUGUAAACACCUUAACCCGCUUUCUCACGGUUUUGUCCAUGUGCGCAUGUCUCCGCGUAUGAAAGAUAAACGUCACACGCGGAAGUAAGCGCAAAGUAACGCAUAAAAGUCUCCGCUGGACUAAAGCAGUUGGCAGAGAAACUGUGAAAAUAGAAGCUCAUGUUACAUUUACAGGUUCUGCAGACACGAGGAGAGAUACAACAUUACAUCUUAAGACAGAUAUGUCGUUGACUUUUUGAUCGACUAUUGUGUACUAUAGGUGGUGACAUCACUGCCUGCGAGAAAACUGAUAAUUCUUCAAGUCCCAUGUAAACGCAGUUGUCUGCAUAGCCGGUUUGUUGAUUUGCAUGUAAACGCAUGAAAACAGUUUUCUAUAAUAAGCAGUUAUCCGCUUAUUCUGUGCAUGUAAACCCACUCACUGAUUACGAAAAUUGCGUCACGCACACUGUACGUGGACCCUCGCGUAUGCAUAAAAACAGGAUUGUACUUCGGCCUUUAUGCCUAUUACAAAGUGCUAUAAGGUACAUAAUAUUCUAUGACAAUAUGUAAACGAUGAGACUUUUAAGUGCUUUUAUGUUUACGGCCAUUUAGCAUGUCUUGUUACUACAUUAUCAUUAUAGACUUGCUUAUAGUCAUGCCUGAAUGUGUCAGUUAUGCAUAUGUAGCGAUUAGUGAAUGAAGAGUUAAUGUGAUAUGCGUUUUGCAUGAAGAUUUUUGUAUCAUUCAUUUUUGUUCUAUUUUCAUAGCAGAAAUUAUGUUUAGGAGGUUUUCUGAUAUUGGAGACUACAGGGUUUUUGACUAACCCCAUAUGCACUUUUACUGAGCUUACUGAGCUACUAAAGUUACUAAAAAGAUUUUGCUGCUGUUCUUCGAUGUUACAGAGAAAAAGUCAUUAAAGAAAAUAUCAUCACAAGAAAGAAGCAACACAUGAUGUAGAAAUCAAUUAAAGUGAUGUUUAAUAUUUGAGUAAAAACAAUAAUUUUCAAAUCAUUCAUUGUUUGUUUAUUUUUGAUAUGAUCAGUGUUUGCAUAGUAAACUGUAUUGUUCACCUCUUCAAAUUAAGGAUAAUUUUUGGUUCCUGGACAGAUUUUGACCCGCUCCAGGUGAUGCAGGUAUUCCACAAAUAUUUUAUUAACAGUACUGUGCAAAAGUCCUAGGCCACCAUGCCACUAUUAGAUUUGUUGUUUUUGCAAUGGUGACCAGAUAGAAAUAUUCAUGUCUCAAUUUUAAAUACUAGAAAGUGCAGGAAAUGUAUAUGCAGUAUUGAAAAACAGAAUAUAAUUGUAAACUAUUAAGUGUCAAGUAUUUAGUGAGCUUGAAAUUAUACCAUACAUUUUAAUCUAAUGAUUUCAUCACGUCAAAACAGUUCAAGAUGUGCUCAGUACCAAGAGAGGCCAUACUAAAUACUGACUUUAAAAUACUGACUUUUUACAUUUUGUGUAAAUAUUACCUGUGUCAGUUUGUUUUUAAAUAAAGAGAGUGAAAAAUAAUUAUGGGUGGUCAUUAAAACUUUGCCAAAACAAAAGAGUGAGUGGUGGUGGGCAAAGACUUGUUGUACUGUAAAGAAAGUGUAGCACCAAAUGAGAAUUUGGUCUAUGGUAAUUGAGGUGCAUCUGGCCUUACCAACUGGUGUAAUGAUGUCAGAGCUCUGCUCUUUUAAGAGAAACCCACAUUGCAUCUGGGUCAAACCCUGCUCUGUGUCACACUACUGUGCAAUUUGAUCCAGGGCCACGUUCUUUGGACUGUUACCCAAAGCCAGCAACGUUUUAAACAUUGGGUGAAAGUCAGCCAGAAUCAGUGAGGCGGGCCUCAUGUGUCAGUCUCGCUUCUCUAUUACUAGCUACAGUCUGCUGUCUAUCUGCCCACUGGUAUCGAUCCCAAACACAGGCUUUUUCUUCAACACUGCAUGUAAAUCUCACUGGUUUACCUGAUCUUUACUACAGUAGCAUCAUUCUGCCAGGCGCACUCCGGAUGGUGCCAUGUUUUUCUUAAAUGUACACCACAAGGUUCUGCACAUCUGUUUGUUCUUUUAUACUUUGUAUCCAAAAUGCAGCAUGUAUUUAUAUGGCGAUUUGUGUAACAUAACAGGUUGCAGACAGUAUUCAUGGUAUCAAUGCAGGUAGAGUUUGGGGGCUGAGGUGAUGACAUGAACUUCUCAUUUUGUCUGGCUUGUUGCAUGUUAAACACAUGUUGGUUGGGCACAAAACUGGGCACUUUAUAUUCAGUACAUCUGACUGAAUCCACUUUAUUUAAUUGAUUUUCUCCACAUUGUGGUUUAUUUUCCAUUCAGUGUAAAUUUAUUCGCAUUAGAUAUAAAUUGGCAAUUCUAUGCAAAUUUCAACCUUAAUUUUUUUUCCGUACUGAAACUUCAGAUGUCAGUAUUUGGUAUUGUAAAUACCUAUGCAAAUUCUCUGUAAAAGUUUUUUAAGCAUUUUUAUUUUAUUUUCCAUAGUUAAGUGUAAAUUGCAGAAUUGUUACAUCCAUAAUGGAGAAAUGUUGUUUCUUCCUAAUAAAUGUGCAUACAAAAAUGUAAAUAAAAUAAAUAUAUGUUCA